AAUCGAAUUAAAACAUUGAUACAAAAAUGUACAUAUUGGAGACCAAUUUACAAACUUACUCCUUUAUUUACUAGAUGUUUAUAAACGCAUCAAACAAUAUAUAAAUCCUUGAAAAUUUCAUAUAUCCUCUGCCUAAUCUUGAUUAAAUAAAAAACAUUUCCAAACAUUUCUGUCUACUUGAAUAAUGGCACCCACGUUCUUCAUGAUUCUAUCAAGCUGGCAACUUCUGUUCAUAAUUCUGUUUAUCCCUCCAACACUUUCAUUACCACAAACUAUGGGUGAAAACAGUGAAGCAAAAGCAUUGUUGAAAUGGAAAAAUAGCUUUGACAACCAUAGUCAAACUCUUUUGUCAACUUGGAAAAAUACCUCAAAUCUAUGCAUAUGGCAAGGUAUUAAAUGUGACAAAUCAAACUCCAUUUCUAUCAUAAAUCUUGAAAAUUAUGGAAUAAAAGGUACACUUCACUCUCUUAGCUUCUCUUCAUUCCCCAACCUCAUUACCAUAAACAUCUACCAAAACCACUUUUAUGGAACCAUACCCCCCCAAAUUGGCAAUAUGUCAAGAGUAAAUAUUUUGAAUUUUUCCUUAAAUUCUUUUGAUGGUUCCAUCCCUCAAGAAAUAUGCAAAUUAAAAAGUUUACAAAAGCUUGAUUUAUCAUUAUGUAAACUAAGUGGAGCAAUUCCUAAUUCCAUAGGAAAUUUAUCCAACUUAAUGUUUCUUGAUUUAGGAGACAACAAUUUGUCUGGUGGCCCUAUUCCUCCUGAGAUUGGAAAAUUAAACAAAUUAAAUUAUCUAGGAAUUGCACAUAGUAACCUAAUUGGUUCAAUUCCUCAAGAAAUUGGUUUUUUGACAAACCUAGCUUUUAUUGAUUUGUCAAGAAACUCUCUAUCUGGUGCUAUUCCUGAAACAAUUGGUAACAUGACUAAACUAAAUCAACUUGUUCUUUCUAAUAACACUAUGUUGUCUGGACCAAUUCCACACACCAUAUGGAAAAUGUCUAAUUUGACCUUGCUCAGUCUUGAUAGAAAUAAUCUCUCUGGCUCAAUCCCUGAUUCUGUACAAAACUUGGUUAAUUUGAAUGAACUUGCACUUGAUGUCAAUCAAUUUUCUGGAACCAUUCCUUCCACAAUUGGAAACUUGACAAAUCUCAUCUAUUUAUACUUGGACAUUAAUCAUUUUUCUGGAUCAAUUCCUGACUCUAUAGGAAAUUUGAUUAAUUUGGAUACCCUUACUCUCCAAGAAAACAAUCUCUCUGGAACUGUUCCAACCACAAUUGGUAAUUUGAUGAGGCUCACUGUUUUGGAAUUAGCUGCUAAUAAACUUUAUGGUAGAAUUCCACAAGGUCUUUAUAACAUUACCAGUUGGUAUUCCUUUAUUGUGUCUAAGAAUGAUUUUAUUGGUCAUUUGCCACCUCAUAUAUGCUCUGGUGGAUCCUUAGUGUAUUUCAAUGCUGAUCAAAAUCAUUUCACUGGUCCAGUACCGAUAAGUUUGAAAAAUUGUUCUAGCAUUGAAAGAAUCAAACUUCAUGUAAAUCAAAUAGAAGGAGAUAUAGCAGAAGAUUUUGGUGUAUAUCCGAAUUUGGAAUAUGUUGAUCUGAGUGAUAAUAAAUUUCAUGGUACUAUUUCAUCAAAUUGGGGUAAGUGUCUUAAUCUUGAUACAUUAAAGAUAUCUAAUAAUAAUAUUUCUGGUGGUAUACCAUUAGAACUUAUUAGAUUAAACAAGCUAGGUAGGCUUCAUCUUUCUUCGAAUCAAUUGACCGGGGAACUUCCAAAGGAACUCGGAGAGAUGAAAUCAUUGAUAGAACUUGAGAUUAGUAACAAUCAUUAUUAUGGUAACAUUCCAACAGAAAUUGGAUUGCUGGAAAGACUUGAAGACUUGGAUCUCGGAGGAAAUGAGUUGCGUGGAAUGAUACCAAAAGAAGUUGUGAAUCUACCGAGGUUGCGAAAAUUGAAUUUGAGCAGAAACAAAAUUGAAGGAAGUAUUCCUUUUAAGUUUGGUGCAGCUUUGGAGUCUCUUGAUCUUAGUGGAAAUAGUUUGAAUGGAGAAAUACCAACAUCUCUUGAAGAUUUGGUGCAGUUGUCAAUGUUGAAUCUCUCACAUAACAUGCUUUCAGGAACCAUUCCUCCAAAUUUUCAAAGGACUUUAGAUUUUGUUAACUUAUCAGAUAAUCAGUUGGAAGGGCCACUUCCAAAUAUUCCAGCUUUUCUUCAUGCUUCAUUCGAGUCAUUGAAAAAUAACAAAGGUUUAUGUGGAAAUAUCACAGGCUUGGCUCCUUGUGCAAGUAACCAUAAUAGAAAGAGCAGGAAAGUGCUUCUAUUGGUAUUCCCUUCUUUAGGAGCUUUAAUAUUAGUGUUGUGUUUGGUUGGAAUUUUGAUGUAUAUUUUGCGUCGAAAAGAAAAACCAAUGGAAGAAAACCGGUCCGAAAGAGUAGAAACACAAAGGGGAGUACAAUUUUCCAUAUGGAGUCAUGAUGGGAAAAUGAUGUUUGAAAAUAUCAUCGAAGCUACCGAGAAUUUUGAUGACAAAUAUCUUAUUGGAGUUGGAAGUCAAGGAAAUGUUUACAAAGCAGAAAUGUCUGCAGGUAUGGUUUUUGCUGUGAAAAAGCUUCAUUUGGUAACAGAUGAAGAAACGUCAUUUGUCAGUUCAAAGUCUUUUCGGAGUGAGAUUGAAACCUUGACAGGAAUCAAACACAGGAACAUUAUAAAACUUCAUGGAUAUUGUCAACAUUCUAAGUUCUCAUUUUUGGUUUACAAGUUCUUGGAAGGUGGAAGCUUAGAUCAAACACUAAACAAUGACACACAAGCCAGUGCAUUUGACUGGGAAAAGAGAGUGAAUGUUGUCAAAGGUGUGGCCAAUGCUUUGUCCUAUAUGCAUCAUGAUUGCUCACCUCCUAUAAUUCAUCGCGAUAUAUCGAGCAAGAAUAUUCUUCUUAAUCUUGACUAUGAAGCUCAUGUCUCUGACUUCGGAACGGCUAAGUUUCUAAAGCCUGGAUUACAUAGUUUGACCCAAUUUGCAGGGACUUUUGGGUAUGCAGCUCCAGAGUUGGCCCAAACAAUGAAAGUGAACGAGAAAUGUGACGUAUACAGCUUUGGCGUACUUGCUUUGGAAAUCAUAAUGGGAAAACAUCCUGGCGAUCUCAUUUCAUUAUUUUUGUCACCAUCUACAAGGCCAAUGGCUUAUAACAUGUUGUUGAUUGAUGUUUUAGAUCAACGACCUCAUCAAGUUAUAAAACCAAUUGAUGAAGAAGUGAUCUUGAUUACAAGGUUGGCAUUUGCUUGCUUGAGUCAAAAUGCACGUUCUCGUCCAACCAUGGAUCAAGUAUCUAAAAUGCUUGCAAUAGGAAAAUCACCUUCGAAGAAUCAACUUUCCGUUAUCAGAUUAGGACAACUUCAGUAACAUCUGUGUUUUUUUUCUUGUGUUUUUUCGGUUAACAAAAGUCCUAACCAGCGUUUUUGCUGCUUCUUCGUCUCCGGCGAUACUCUUCUGUUUCGGUGGUUCCACCACCUUCUUAUUCUACCAGCCACAAUGUCAAACCAUGCUCAGGACUCCUUACAAUGUGUAUUCCAUUUGUCCAUUGCAAAUCCCCAAAUUGGUAUUUCCUCCUUGGUGUCACAUUUGUUGCUUGCACAAUAACUUGGAAUGUCUUCUUUUCACCAAUUUUUUUGAAACUCAAAGAGUUUGGUACAACAACAAUUUUAUAUCCAGGCAAUUGGGCUUUUGCAAAAUAUAUACUUGGUGGCCCAACAUUGGUGACUGUACGUGUCACAUUAACGACAUUUAAAUCAAGAUUCGGUAAUGUGAUUGAAGGGUAGUUUAAGUCUUCUAUGCUAUGAGAUCCUGAACAUUUAAAUGUCAUGUUGAAAUUAAGUGAUGAAAUGAGUUGUUGGUUGUAUCCAGAAGCACAUAAGAAGUUCAAGUAAUCAACAAUGGUUAGAUCAUAGACAAGUCCGGGGUCUAUUGCAUUGUUGGGUUGAACAUGUCCUGAACCAUAAGCAAAUGGAUUUGCUAGUUUUUUAUCAAAUGCAUCACGUAUUGGCUUGUUUGUGUUA